GCCACAUCCCUCCAUCAAGGGUAUGAGCGCAGAGGAGCAGGACCGGCUUCGCUCCCUCUUUCACGCCUACGACGUGGACAACUCCGGGCGGAUCGAGAGAAACGAGUUCCUCACCAUCUGCGCGGAGCUGCAGGUGUCCGCGGCCGAGGCGGACCGAAUAUUUGACCGGUUGGACGUCGACAAGGACGGGACCGUCACCCUGCUGGAGUUCAUCAGCGGCUUCCACGACCGCUACGGAGACAUGGAGUCGGACGGAGGAGACGUGUCCGCCGCCUGGGAUCACUUCCAGAGGAGAUUGGGCGAGCAGGCCAAGUUCAUCCCCAGGCAUGAACAAGCAGCGAUGUUGUACCAGAACAUUAGUUUGACUGAGCCCAGACUGAUUCCUCAGUUUGAAAAAGUCGUCAUUAACUUCACCAAAGAGAUCAAACAGCAAAACUCAGAGAUGGAGAACCUGGCUCUUGCCAUCAAACGAGCACAGGACCAGGCCUCGAUGCAGCUCAGUGAGAUGGAGGAGGAGAUGGACCAACGCAUUCAUGCUGCGGAGAGAAAAACACGGGAGCAGGAGAAGAAGCGAACAGAGGCAGCACUGAACGAGUUACGAAGAAGCUAUGAAACUGAAAUGUGUGAACUUCAGUGUAAGAUCCAGAGGAUGCAGAUGAUAGAAGAGAAGUACAACAGCAUCACUGUGAAAGACGAGAGCCCGGCGUUGAAGAAGAAGAUUAAUGAGCUAACACUGGAGAACCAGCGGUUAAAACAGGAGCUGCUGAAAUCUCAGACCAAAGUCGCCUGUCUGCAGAGUGAGAUGGACUCGCUGAAGACAGAGUUAACCGAUCAAAGCAUCAACUCUGAACGAGACGAGGAGCUCAUGAAACAUUUCUCUGAUGAGCGAGACAUCCUGGAGAGUCAGAUCGAGAUUCUGCAGACAGCCAACAGGAAGCUCCAUGACAGUAACGAUGGCCUGAGAGCUGCUCUGGAGAGGGUCACAAGGUCUGGGAACAGUGGAUCACCAGGUGAAAUAAAGGACAGAAACAGAAGUAAAAGCAUCUGCUACACGUCACCAUACACAUUAAUGGACAGGUUCUGCCAGCGCAUGGACGAUUACCCUCUGUACAGCCGCCGGCCCAGCUGUGACACCCUGGCCUUGGCCAUGUGUGACCCAGGCCUGAGGCGCAGACACAGCAGUGAGUGCGAGGAGGACAGCCUGCCUGAGAUCUACGUGGACAGUGGCCUGUCAACACUCAGAGGCUCACAUGGAGGCUACGACUCUGAGCAGGAGGUUAAAGGUCAAGAAGAAGAGGAAGAGAGAGAGGAGCAGAAAGGGGAGGAUGACAACAAUGACAGUAUGAUGGAAGAAAACUCAGACGCUGAGCCAGUAGAGACACAGGACGGCGAAUCUGCAUUUGGGUCGGACAGCAGCUCGGUUUUGGACUGGAAGCCAUCUGAAUCCAUUAGUGUCACCACAACCCAUGCUCCAACAACACGAAAAACCCUCAGUGCCAUCAGUGUUCAGAGGGAGGACAAAGAUAGCAUUGACCUGGGCUACAUGACAUCAGAGAAAGCCUACAGGAUCGUGUUGGCUGGAGAUGCUGCUGUAGGAAAGUCCAGCUUCCUGUUGCGCCUCUGCAAGAACGAAUUCAAACUAAACUCCGGCACUACUCUGGGAGUGGAUUUCCAGAUGAAGACACUAAUUGUAGAUGGAGAGCCUGUUUUACUACAGCUAUGGGACACUGCCGGACAAGAGAGGUUUCGCAGUAUUGCAAAGUCUUAUUUCCGCCGGGCGGAUGGUGUGUUGCUGCUAUACGAUGUCACGUGUGAAAAGAGCUUCCUUAAUGUUAGAGAGUGGGUGGACACAAUUGAGGAUGUGUCCCAGGAGGAUAUUCCCAUCAUGCUCGUGGGUAAUAAGUGUGAUCUUAGACGAGAUGAAGCUAACUGUGUUCCUACCAGCUAUGGAGAAAAAUUGGCCAUGACCUACAACACUCUGUUCUGUGAAACUAGUGCCAAAGACGGCUCCAACAUCCUCGAGGCUGUGCUGCACCUGGCCAGGCAGGUAACAGCGCAGGCCAGCUUUGAUGAAAAGAGCCGCUAUCAGUCGUUGCCCAGCUUGGAUGCUCCCAGGAAUAAACCAAACUUCUCCUGCUGCACCUGAUCAAACUCUGGAUGUCUACAUCUGACUUAAUGUGAACUCAGCAAAGGUGGAACAAGGACAACAAAAUCAGAAACCUGACAAAACAGAAAUGAGACGUAAUCUCUGAAUACAUACAGCAAUGGGAACAAAUCGUCAUCGUUGAAAACCACAACAAUUUAACAUAUGGAUUAAGUGAGCAAACAAGUAACAUGGGAUCACAGCAGCAUAUCCACAACUUCACAUUAGCUUAGAUUUUUUUUGUUAUUCAGGGUUAUUUAAAAAUAAUGUAUUGUGCUGCAUUUCAGCCCCAGCUUGAAGUCUUACUGUUCUGUAUUUUAUGAAUUUGAGAAUUCAGUGAAUUCAAGUUAGUAUAAACUUUCAUGCCAUGUGACAGUAAUGUUCAUUUUUACUAUGCUCUCGCACAUAUUAGCAUAAACUCCUUCCACAUAUUUAAAAUGAUUUAAAGAGUUAGCCCAGACUGGCACUGCCAUGAUUUGACAAUAAUCCUAGAAAAUCAUGAAACGCAAAAGAAAGCUGUGAAAGUGAAGUAUGUGUGAGAAGGAUCUGAAAGUGAAGCCAAAUAUAUGGGCAUGUUUUUUUUAAGUGAUAAUAUGUAAUGCUGACAAAUAUCUGCACAUGACAGAGGGCAGAGGGCUAUUUUAACAUGUUGUUAGGGUGAGAAAAUAAGACUAAGAAGAAUGAAUUCUUAUCUGGUAAUUUAACUGUGGCACUUAUCUAAAUACUUCUGAUACAUCAGCAUAAGUGCAGGUUUGAAAGGACAUCUGCAGCAUGUUGGUGAACUGAAAGGAAACGGAAGUUUGUUGUUUGCACCACCCAGAACCUCAGACAUUAUUGCAAGUGAUCGAUUGCAGACCGACAUAUUGCUGUGAAUUGUGGGAGAAUUUAAAGCAAGAAAUGCUCAGCCUCAUAUUUAUUCAUAUAUGAUGAACCCUGGUGCAGUGUGUGAUUGUAUGAGACUUUAUGCUAAUGUAACAACCCAUCGUCUUUAUUAUAUUACCCACAGUGUUAGAUUUCUCUUCAUUUGACUUCCCACUGAGGAUGACUUUGUGUUAUUGUGUUAUAGUUUAUAUGUUUGAAGUUGAACAUAUAGCCGAUCAUUUUCAAUUUGCACAGCUGCUUUAAAUAGCUUAUCAUCUGGAAAAAUAAUUUAUCAUCUGGUAUGAGUUAUGAAAAUUUGUUAAGCAUAGAAGAGAGGUGGCAGGAAGCAGAGCUCGUAUUUUUAUCCCUCUGAUCCAGAACACAUCUGUAAUUCUAUUUAAAUGUGUACAUGUGAGCUUGGCAAAUUAUCACUACUGAUGAUAUAGUCUGUCUUCUUAUUUCUUAAUAAUAAUUCUGUAUUAUCAGGCUGCUGAAUGGCAGUAUAUAAAGGAGUCAGUAUGCUUCAAAUGAAAUGUAUGUUGGAUUCUCACCAUCUGAAACCCCUCUCCCCAGAUUUACUGUAUAUACAUACAUGUAGUAGUGGACAUGACAAUGAAAGAAAAAAAGAAGUGAGACAACAGUUUUUGUAACUUUUCAGUGCUCACAAUCUGACAACCACGUUCACCUCACACAUCUGAUUGGCCAGAUGUGCAGAGGUGAAAAGAAAUAUGUAUCCAUUUGGACCAAAUAUAACUACUUCUGCGUUUAGAUGUGUUUGGAUACCACUUUGUAGAAACUAGUUCAUUUGAAGCACACUGAACCCUUUAAAUGCCACAUGGGGCACAGGCCUGUUUGUGAUGUUGUCACACACCUGACUAGAUGUCAGACUGUGUCCUCAAUUUUGUGGCAAGAGGGGCAAAAACCCCAAGAAAGACCUGUCAUCGGCAGUAAAGGUGCAUGCAGCUGAGAACCUGUUGCUCAUCUCUUUAUUUCCUCACAGAUUAAAAUUCUUUUUGCAUAAAUGUCUUUGCUAAUGUCAUAAGACUUGCAAUUGCGAAGUCACUGCCUUUGUAUCUAAGGUUUCUUUGUGUCUGUGUUCAAUGAAAGAAAAUAAAAGUGUG